UUCCCGCAGAGCAACUGCCAUGAAUGCACAGUCUAGUCGCAGUCAUGCUAUUUUCACAGUUACUGUUCAAAAGCUGCCACGAGGAAAUGAAAAACCAUCUCAGCCUGCAAAGUUCCAUCUAGUGGAUCUAGCAGGGUCUGAAGCUUUUGCACAUACUGAAGUAUCUGAUCAAAUAAGAGAAGAAGGUAUACAAAUUAACAUUGAUCUUCUUCAUCUACAAAAAGUAAUUUCUGAUUUGGCUAAACCGGACAGCAAAGGGGUCGCCAGUUACCGUGACAGCCAACUUACAAGAUUGCUACAAAAUUCUCUAAGUGGGAAUUCAGUAACCUUCAUGAUUGCUUGUGUGAGCCCAUUACACAGGUAUAUGAAGGAGAGUGUACGGACAUUAGUAUGGGCUAAAUCAACAAAAAGAAUUGAAAUGAAACCAGUUCCAUAUGAAGAUCCUCAAGACGAGGAAACUGAUGAUUUGAAACGAGAAAUCCAGGAUCUUCGUAAAAAGUUGACUGCUGCAGAAGCUAAAAUCACUAAUCUCACUCGCCGUCUUAAGACGGCAGAAAUAGAAAACAUCAAAUUAAAAGAAAAGAAUCGUGAAGCCAUGAGCAGUCAUCUUACGGAAACUCUAGAGAUGUCAAAGAAAUAUAUGGAGCUGGCGGAAAGCUUAAAUACUUUGCGAUUACAAGCACAGGAAUCACACGCUGAGCGGAUUGAAAGGACGGAUCAGGCGAUCAGUGCUGCCUCACAUACUAGCAGAGUCACAGCAGAGUGAAGAUAUUCCUCCGGAACGUCCUGAUGAAGAUCGCCUCUAGAAAGAGGAACGUAACAAGGAACUGCAGGUAUUUUCAGUGUUUUGAA